GAUCUUGAAUACAAGUUUCCUAAUAUUUAGUAAAGUAAUUUUAAAGCCUCAAGUAAACGCAUGCAUUGCUUAAUUGCAGCCCAGAAGUGAUACCUAUAAAAUCAUCCAAUUCUCUACUCGUACGCAAUCUCUUCUCUCUCUCAGACAACAAUCUCAUCUUAGAAACUUCAAGCUGCUUGAUGAUUUGAAAGCACCGCUUUCCGCAUAUAUAUAUAUAUAUAUCAAAUAAGAAGCCGGUGAUAUAGCAUAAACCACAUCAAAAUAAUAAAACAUCCAGCCAAAUGCGGCCGCAACCAGAAAUGACAACGGCCGCUUCUCCACAUAUCAUCCACCUCUCUCCACCGCUUCCCCACACAACAUCGACGGCAUGUUCCCCCCACGCUCACAGCUGCAGGUGGUGGCCUUACUCAAACUCUAAUGAUUUUGGAGCCAACACAGCCAUGAUCCUCAUCAUCCUCCUCUGUGCACUAAUAUGUGCUCUUGCUCUCAACACAGCUAUCCGCUGCUUCUUAAACGGCGGCCAUCACCCACCAGACCGUCUUCCCCAAAAUCGACGAGAAAUUGAGGAACAGCGAAAACCCAACACUGAAGCAGGUGCAGCGCCAUUGGUGGUGGCUCCAACGCUGGUGUAUUCGGCAGGGAUGAAGCUGGGAGGAGAAGAGGCUGACUGCGCUAUUUGCUUGUCGGAGUUCAUGGAGGGUGAUGGGAUUCGGGUUUUGGGAACUUGCAAGCAUGGGUUCCAUGUCCACUGUAUCGAACGGUGGUUGUCUUGCCACUUCUCUUGUCCCACUUGUCGCCGCAGUUGUCUUGCUUCCGUCCCCUCCUCCUCAGAAACUUCCGAGACACCAAGAAAUGACCUAAACAACCCUUCCCAACAACCGGAGACCCCGAUGGCUACAGGUCAAUUCACUAGUACUCCUUAACAAUUAUACGCAAUCUAGCCCGGCUGCAUCUAUGCUUAUCUUUUAGCAGUCAUUUAAGCAUCCAUCCUCUAGAGUUCAACAGAUACUACAGCCAGAUGCAGCUCUAGAAGAAUUUCCAUUAUGCAAAGGACAAGCUAGGAAUUACAAGGUUAAGUAGAAACUAAACUAGAGAGAUUAACUAUAUUUUUCUAACAGAGAAACUCUAAAUUACAAAAUCAAAAGAGAUAUUGGACCUUUUUGCUGUUCCCAAUGAAAAGGUGCCUAGCGUUGAAUUUCUGCUAGAACAGCAUAUUUUUCUCUCUAACCAUCAUCGUUCUUACAUAGCUUUGCGUGGCAGUUAAAAUGUGUCACAAGAACUUAACACUGAACCUUUGUAAGCCCGAAUAUAUGCUAGAUCUGUUCCAACUCUUUAUCCUUUUUAAUGGCAAACUGGAAUUUUUAAGCAACUUGCCAUUAUUUGAGAAGGCUGGUUACUUCAUUUCAA